CAUAAAUUCUGAUAACUAUAGUAAAUAUUUUAUAACUUAUAGCCCUGAUGACAAGAUACCUUUCAAAUGAUACGAAGCUGCAAAACGAAAUACUCGAAGAAGUGUCUGAUUAUUGUGGCAAACCGGUGACGCACCCAUCAAAAGAUGAAUUUACGGCACCAUAUAUUUGGAGCUUUUAUCAUGCGUUUUUCUUCUCAUUUACUGUGUGUUCUACAGUUGGUUACGGAAACAUUGCACCAAGCAAUACAACGGGUCGAAUGUUUUUAAUAUUUUACGGUCUAGUCGGUCUUCCUGUACAUGCAAUUUUGUUUGCAUACAUGGGUAACUUUUGGGGCAACACAUUUGUAAAAUUAUACAGAAGAUACAAAGAGUACAAGAUGGCUAUGGACAAGCACUGGGUUCCAAAAAAAGUCAGUUUGAUUGGACAGAUCUCACUAUAUCUAUUUCCUGGAAUCGUUUUAUUUAUAUUUGCACCAGCAAUUCUUUUUUCAUACUUUGAAGGGUGGGACUACUCAAUAUCUGUAUACUACACCUUCGUUACUCUCACUACAAUCGGAUUCGGUGAUUUUGUGCCAACAUUUCAGAAUCAUCAGGAACGGGAAUAUGGAAUCUAUUUUAUAUUGUAUGAGCUAUUUAUAGUUUGCUGGUUUAUAGCAGGCGUCAGUUAUAUAGCCAUGAUUAUUGGAUUCUUAAUCAAAGGUUUGCGUAGCAAGAAAGUCAAAAGGAUUGAGCACAAUCUAGCUAUAAAUAUAAAGGAAACACAAAAGAAAAUAUGGAGUGGGGUGCAACGUGAUGUUGGGUAUAUUCGGAAAAUUUUAGAUGAGGUAUAUUUCCUAAAAUUUAAGCCUGUAUAUAAAGACCGAACAGAUGCAAGAAAGAAACUUCAUAUACCGAGAUCUGAAUCCUGUCCAAAUUUGUCUAUUGAAGAUGCGGAUGAAUUUGAAGAAGAAAUGAUGAUUUUAAACAGGAAGUUACGAAAGCGUGCCUUCUCAGAAUGUACAAAAAUAAAGCAAACAAAAAAGCCACUACAUGGUUCCAUUACUAUAACACGUCCUCAGUCGGAUAGUGAUUUAAGUUUUAUAGAUAGAGAGAAAACGUUUGCUACACAGAGUCAACAGCAAGUUGAACCGGGAGAAUUAUUGGCAAAGCUUUCCGUUGCUCUGAGUGAAUACAGAAAUGGUUACCCUAAUCAUGUAGGAUUCAGUGGAUUUUCUGAUUCAGAAAUUUUGGCAGAUGAAGCAAAUUAUUCAAAUAUGUCAAUUGCUACUUCUACAGAUAGAUAUCCUCACUCGGAAACGUAUGCUCGAAGUCGUCGCGCAUUCUCUGAAGUUUGCAUUCCAAUUGAAAAAUAUUCAAAGGAUUCGAAUGAAUGGACAUGGUGUGGAGCAAAUACACAAAUAAAUGAAAUUGAAAAGAUACGUUCACAAGUGAUAAAACCGAAUAUGACACAUAAAACAUCUCUUCAGAAUGAGUUUGAACAUUUCCCACACGACUUGGAAAUAAAUUUGAAAGAAAAUGUUACUAAAAAAUCAUUACUGCAAAAAUUCAAUUUUUUCAAGAAGAGAAAUUCGGACGCAAAAAAGUAUUCAAUACAGUAUCCGAAUAACCCACUACAUUACGAGCACAAAAAUAGUCAAGAGUUUUCUCACAAAGAAAGAAUCAAUAAUAUGGACGAUAUGUCGUCAUACAGAUACUCAAAAUCUAAUAUUUUUACCAUUCCUUGUCACGAAGAAGAACAGGAUUUACUAGAGACAACUACAAUGGCCGAUGUCAUAAGAGCUAUCGAAAUGCUUCAUACUGAUAAAGUUACAACAGAAAAUUCUCAAGGGAAAUCAAUAAUCAAUUCAAUGCAUCGGAGAUUGGGAACAGAUCACUUAUACCGGAAUCAAAACCUUUUAUUAUUAAAUAAAAAAUACAACUCCAGUCAUACAAUACAUUCUCCAGGUCAGGACGUAUCUCCUAUUAUGAUAAACAAACGUCAAAGAAUAUACAGUUGUGUGGCAGAAAAUAUCUAUCAAAAUCGAAAUAACACAAGUAGAAAAUUCAGUGAUGUUGAUUCAUUACGAAAAAGUGUACGUAUUGUUCCCAAUUUUCAAGCAUCACAAAAUUCACCAAUGUCAACUGUGAAACACCGUUUCAGUAUAAGACCAGUAAAUCUUAACAAAUAA